GGGGACCCUGAAUCAGCUCCAGAAACCAGAGAGAAGAAGAAGAAGAAGAAGAAGAAGAAGAAGAAGAAGAAGGAGGGCGCCAGUCAGCACACCCCGCGGCUCUUCUCUCAAACACUCACCAGAAAGAGGCACAGAGGCUUAAACAAUGAAAAGUGGUCAGGCUUUCGCUGGACUCCUGCUCCUCAUCAUCAUCCAAAGCAGCUGGCAGGUGGUGCCUGACCAGGACACAGAUCGAAACUCCAUGCUGUUGAGUGAAAACUCCCUGCUCAACGAACCCAUUGAGCUUUCAAACAUGAAGAGACACUCAGAGGGAACCUUUUCCAACGACUACAGCAAAUACCUGGAGACCAGGAGAGCACAAGACUUCGUCCAGUGGCUGAAGAACUCAAAACGGAACGGGGGUCUCUUUAGACGCCAUGCAGACGGCACCUACACCAGCGAUGUGAGCUCCUACCUGCAGGACCAGGCUGCCAAGGAGUUUGUGUCCUGGCUGAAGACUGGCAGAGGCAGAAGAGACUGAACUCAACCAGAGCACCACUCAUCCUGUUGCCAUUCUCCAAAAUAAUGCAACUCUUCUUCUCACUGUCUCUGUGCCAUCAUAUGUUUCACAAUCUGUACUAGACUUACUCUUGGUAAUGCUAUUAAAUUCCACUCACAUGAAGCCCUGUUGGCCUUCAGCGGUUGAAAGAAAUGUUGUUAAAGUGCAAAAAGCUCCAGUAUGUUUGAAAUGCAUCUCAAUCAUAAAUGCUGUGUGAAUUUUUA